AUGUCUUGUGUGGCCGCUCCAUCUCUAGACGAGCUCAUUCAAAAAUUUUGGGAAACGGAGGAGAUUCCCUCUAAAAUCAUUUACUCUCCCGAAGAGGAGCUAUGCGAAACGCAUUUUAGUCAAACCCAUUCGCGGAAUGCGGACGGCCGUUAUAUUAUUCGAUUGCCAUUCCGAAAUAAUCAGCCUCCCGUUCUGGGCGAUAGUUAUAAUCUCGCUCAACGGUUGUAUUCCAAAACGGAACGACGAUUACUUCGCAAUAGCGACCUUGCUGCGGAAUACAAUAAAUUUCUCGCUGAAUACGAAGUUUUAGGGCACAUGGAACAGGUUCGCGAUUCCACCUCGCGCCGUCGGCCUGUUUAUCUCCCUCACCAUCCCGUGAUCCGGGAAAGCAGCUCGACAACCAAAGUGCGCGUUGUAUUUAACGCUUCGAGUGUCACGUCCAACGGCUUUACUCUGAAUGAUUGCUUAUUAGUUGGGCCUAAGCUUCAAAACGAUCUCGGCGGAGUUUUGCUGAAUUGGCGUUUCUAUCGUUACGUCUAUCUGGCGGACAUUGAAAAAAUGUUCCGUCAGAUCCUAGUACAUCCCGACGAUGUAGAUUACCAGAGAAUCGUCUGGAGACCGAAUCCGCAAAGUCCGGUCCUAUCGUACCGUCUCCUCACGGUUACAUACGGCACGGCUAGCGCACCGUAUCUCGCGAUCCGUGUUCGACAUCAGCUUGCCGACGAUGAGUCUCGUCGCUUUCCGCAAGCUGCAAAAAUCCUUAAAAAUUCGGCCUACGUGGACGAUCUCUUAUUGGUGCGAAUGACAUCGCGUCCGCUAUACAAUUGCGCGCUCAGCUUAACGAUUUGA